AUGAGCGGCGAAGAAGGCACCAUCAUGGAUACUGUUGAACUCCUUUGUGCUCCCAAAAAACUUGAGAGGGAUCGUGGGGAAGUACUGCUGAAGGAAAUGACUUUUACAGACGAGGAACUAAAGAGCAUGGUUGACUGGAUUCUUAUCAAAGCGGAAAAUCUACCAACGUGGGAAGAUAUCUUUGGUGCAGUGACCCUGUCACGAAUUCUUCUACAAAAAGUACCAGACGAAUCCCUGGGACCGCUCAGACUACGUGAAGAGGUUGUCGAACGUAUGUCCGAGUUCGAUACGCACUAUGAGUAUCGUGUGAGACUGGCCGCUGCUGAGCUGAUGGAAGUUUUGUGUGCUAAAUAUGGUCUGCCAAUGUUCCAGACCUUCCUUCCGACAAUAAAAGGUGGUAUCGAGGAGAAUUUGGAACGUGACCCACUUUGUACGAGUCAGGAAAUGGAGGCGUCUCAGAAGGAAUUGGACUUGGCAACGGACAGAAAUCCGAAUCUUAGUAAAAGUUCCCUGACCAUCUUCCACGACACUGCUGGCUGGCGAAAUUUGGAGACGUGGAUGAAGUGCCUGGCGCACUGCAUAACAGGUCUUGGCUCAGAAGUGAUCAAGGACUAUCGUGAUCCGGAAAUUCUGUCGCUGAUCUUCAAGGCGGUGAAUCAUACCAAUCGUUUUGUGCGAGAGACAGGCUAUGAUCUUCUUAGCACGGUGAUUUUGAAUCACGGCUGUCACGGAAAGGGGCCAGAACAGGACGGAGUGGAAGCAGUUCCUGAUUUUGUUCGUGUCGCCGAACAACUAGCCUUUGGACUGGCCGAUAAUUGGAGCCGGGUAUGGGGUUUUCCCUUAUAG